AUGCGAUUUAAACAAGUUCGAUCUUAUGGUGUUAAUAAUAAACAAAUAAUGUUAAUGAUAUAUCGGCAAGAUAAAGUUCGUGUAUUAUGUUUAUUAUGUACACUAUUUAUGUUUAUUACAAGCGUCUGUAAUAUUGUAUAUAUUGUUCGUCGUAGUAUGCAAUUCCAUGAACAACAAGAAAAAAAGAAUAGAAAUAUAGUUACAUCUAAAACUAGUGAUAUGAUCGACAGCCACAAUAUAAAAUCACUCGAUAAUAAUAAUCAACAUUUACUUAACACUACAAAAUCAUAUUUAAUAAAAUCUAAAGAUAUUAGUGAUCAAUUUGAUAUGACUUAUCGUACUCUAAUUAAUUCAUUUACUAAUUAUUUAAUAAAUAAAUCUAUUUUACAACACAAUUAUUGUCCACCAAUUCCUCCAGAUCUUAAAGGACCAAUAUCAAUUACUGAUCCACCAAAAAAUUUUACAAUAUUAACAGAUAUUAAUUCUAUUUAUCAUCCUCAAGUUCAAUAUGGUGGUUCAAGUCAACCAACAGAUUGUUUAGCACGACAUAAAGUUGGCAUUAUUGUACCAUAUCGUAAUCGAUUAGAUAUUCUUGGACAUUUUCUCUAUCAUACCCAUACAAUAUUACAACGUCAACAAAUUGAUUAUCGAAUUUAUGUUUGUGAACAAGCAUUUAAUAAAACAUUUAAUAAAGGAAUUGUGAUGAACGCAUGCUUUAAAGAAAUACUAUUAAUUGAACCAAAAACACAAUGCUUUAUCUUUCAUGAUGUUGAUUUAUUACUAAUUGAUGAUCGAAAUAUGUACACAUGUCCUAGAAAUCCAAGACACUUAUCCGUGGCUAUUGAUAAAUUUCAAUUUUAUCUUCCAUAUUCAUCAUUAGUUGGCGGUGUAUUAGCAUUACGACGAGAACAUUAUGUAUUAGUGAACGGUUAUUCAACAAACUAUUGGGGUUGGGGUGGUGAGGAUGAUGAUAUGUAUUCUCGUAUUGUUAAUAAACAAUUGACAUUAGAACGUCCUCCAGCAUCUAUUGCUCGAUAUAAAAUGUUAAAACAUUUACAUCAACAAUUAAAUCCGGCACGUUUAAAAGUAUUACGAACGGCACAUAUUCGUAUUGAUUCAGAUGGUGUAAAUAAUGUCAAAUAUAAAAUUUUAAAUGUAACUUUGUAUCAUUUAUUUACACAUUUUUCAAUCGAUGUUGGAGAACAACCAAUUUAA